AUGGAAGGUUGUGUAAGACAGGAAAUGUCCCGAGAAGAGAAUUUAGUAAAACAGGAUCCGAAUUUGAAGCGUGAUAAACGAUGGGCGUUCCAGACUCGAGAGGAACGAGCCGACUCUGCCAUGAGGAAACACAUGUACUUGGACAAACUACAAGAAAAUCUAGGAAUCACCGACAUCAAAGAAAAAUACUUCCUUCGAGAUGCUGUGGUUCCACAUGAGGGACAUCCCAUGGCUCUCCAUUUUGGAAUGAUCAUUCCAACAAUAAAAAAUCAAUCCUCGGAGGAACAACAGAAAAAAUGGCUGCCAAUGGCAGAAAGUCUGCGCAUGAUUGCCACAUACGCUCAGACAGAACUGGGUCAUGGAACAUUUAUCCGUGGAUUAGAGACUACUGCUAUGUAUGAUCCCCAGACAGAGGAGUUCAUUGUAAACACCCCAACUCUGACAGCCACUAAAUACUGGCCUGGGGCAUUGGGAAAGACUGUAAACCAUUGUGUUGUCAUGGCUCAGCUGUACACAAAGGGGAAGAACUGCGGCAUCCACAUGUUCAUGGUGCAAAUUAGAGACAUGGAUACACAUGUACCAUUGCCAGGUGUAGAAGUAGGGGACAUCGGUCCAAAGUUCGGAUUUGAGGAAAUCGACAAUGGAUAUUUAAGGCUGGAUAAUGUCCGCAUUCCAAGAGAGAACAUGCUCAUGAAAUACUCUAAGGUCUUAAAAGAUGGAACAUACGUUAAACCUCCAAGUGACAAGUUAGCCUAUGGUUCUAUGGUUCUUUUGAGGUGUUCCAUAACAGCUUCAACAGCAGAAUGUCUUUCAGAGGCCUGUGUUAUAGCUAUCCGUUACAGCGCAGUACGGAGGCAAACAGAGAUCAGACCAGGAGGGGAAGAGGCACAGAUAAUUGACUACCAAACCCAGCAGUACAAACUCUUUCCUCUUUUAGCCACCUCAUUUGCCAUGAUUUUUGCAGGGGAAUUCAUAUCUAAUUUCUACAAAAUCAAGUAUCCAGAAAUUGCUGCAGGAAACUUCGAGUACUUACCACAAUUGCACGCUAUGAGUGCCGGACUGAAGGCCUUCAGCUCCUGGGCAUGCUCUGAGGGAGUAGAAACAUGUCGACAGUGUUGCGGCGGACAUGGUUACUCUCAUGCUAGUGGACUACCCAAAAUCUACGUAGAUUGUACACCAGCCUGUACCUACGAAGGAGAAAAUAUGGUUCUUAUGCUUCAAGUUGCAAGGUUUCUUAUGAAGCAGUAUGCCAACAUGGUGCAAGGGAAACCUCUUCCAACCCUUGCACAAUGUCUAGGAAUUGACCUUUCCAAGCAGUCUUGCAUGACAGAUGAGGUUGCCCUCAAAUGUCUUGUGAUGGCAUACAAUCACAGGGUUGCAAGAUUAGUAUCAGAUGCUUCCAACAAUAUUCAGAACUUGGUCAGUAAAGGCAAAAGUCAGCAGGAAGCAUGGAAUUCUUCAACAGUCCGUCUGUUUUGGGCUAGUAGGGCAUUUUGUCAUGCGUUUGUUGUUGAGAAUUUUGUGAAAAUUCUCUCUGAGAGAUAUCUAGAUGACAAAACUAAACGUGUGAUGAUGUCACUAUGUAAGCUCUAUGCUGUUCAUGGAAUCAUUACAAACCUUGGAGAAUUUAUCCAGGAUGGUUUUUUCAGUUCUGAUCAAAUUCAAAUUUUACAAAACAAGCUGACUUCAUUAUUAAAAGAGAUAAGGCCCAAUGCAGUGGCUUUAGUGGAUGCCUUCGAUUAUCCAGAUUCUGUACUUGAUAGUUGUUUGGGGCGAUAUGAUGGACAGGUUUAUCAGGCUCUUUAUGAAUAUGCCAGAGAAUCCCCGCUGAAUGAAAAAGAGGUACUAGAUUCUUACUACAAAUAUAUCAAACCAGCUCAAACAUCAUCAGGAACAGGUGCACUUCUGUCACGCUUGUAAGUCAGUGUGACUUGUAUCAGUGCUUAUCAUAUUUUUUUUCAACUUGGAGACCAAAUAUUACUACAAGAAUAUUUGAUUGGAUUCAUUACUAGUAUCUGUGGAAGUCUACUAACAUAAUUGACUGAAACAUUUUGUUUUAGUCAUAUUGCUUUAUGUAUAUCAAUGAAUUGUUGACAUAAAUUGUUAUAAUUGGUCAUCUGUAUUUAAGUAAUAAAGUUUGGCAAUAGAAUUGUGAAUAUCAGCUGUGUGCCCUAAAUAAUGUGUGAUUCUAUAGGUGUAAUACAUACUUGUAUUUCUAUAUUUGGAAUUGUUUAAAGAUGGCUAAAAAUCUAUAAAAAUAAUAAUAAUAAUAAUAAUAAUAAUAAAACAUUGUGUUCUUUCCAUUUACUUUUUGAAUACUCGAUUUUUUGUGUCUAUGGACGUCGUAUUGGACUUGCAUUCUCUCCUUCCACAUCUAGUGUAAAAAUAUGAUUCGUGAAAAGAACAUACAGAUUCUGCAACAAUUCUUCUGUUUCCUGCUCUGCUCUUUCUUUUGUAAAUGAUGUCUCUCUUUAUACAGAAGAAACAAACCUUUUUAAUUACCUGGGAAAAAAGCUUCGUUGCAUUUGGCUUACGUAUAAAAGUAGAAAGCAGUUACGAAUUAAAGGAAUUAUGUAUCAGAUGUUCACCCAUGAAGUUGAUAUUUUAUAUUUCCCUUAAUAUUUUACUUUUAAUCUUUUGUCUGUAUAUGUAUAAAAAUAUAUAGCUGUGCAUCAAUUUGGUAUCUUGACGGCGU